GUGUGUGUUUUAUCAUGGUUGCCAGGGUGUUGAUAUUGUGAGAGUAUUAUGAAAACAUACAACCGUUUCCCAGAAGAUUCCAGCAGUAAUUUCCACAAGGAAAACUAUAUCAUCCUUCAUCAUCAUUCUGGAGCGUGAUUGGCUGUGGAGAUGAUUCAGAGCAGAUCACUCAGUGUGGGCAUGUUUUUGUAGCCACUCCUAGAAAAGCACUGGUCAGUGGUGAGUCAGUGUUUCACUGAGCUGCAGAGCUUUCCUCAAGCUUCCUGUCUCACUUCCUCUAAACUAAUCGGAGGAAGGCGUUAGCCGACAGGACUGCAGGGUUGAUGUCCGGUCUGGAUAAAAGCAGAGCUUCCCUCUGCUGGGUGGACAUUCCUGAAGUAGGAGAACUUGGAGAAGUUUGGCUAUAACAGGACAGCAGGAAACAUCUCGAGAGAGGCGCUUGGACUGACUGACAGAAUGGAAUGCGUGAAUCUGUUAUUUCUAAUCCUCCUCUCCAGCAGCCUCUCUCACACUGUGAGAGCAGCAGAGAAAACUCUGGACAUGGCUCCUGACGCUGUGGACGACGUCUUCUCAGGGUGUCGGGAGAGGAUGCUGAAGGCUGUAACAGAAGCAGACGGCCUUCUGCAGAAAGAGCUCCAGACCACAGAGAAGUUUGCAGAGAUGUGGAAAAACCCUAAAACCUGUAAUAAGCAGAUUCAAGGCCUGACCUCAUUUCACCUAAAUGCGUUAGAAUCUUACGCAAAUUCUAAAGGCGAUAUCCGAAAGACAUUUAACGACAAGGUUUACGCCAGUGGCAACAAUGCCACAACUUACAAAAAUGAAUUUUCCUUCAAGUCUCUUCACUUCCUGUUAACUGAUGCUAUGAAACAUCUUAACGGUGGGAAAACACAUAUGCAGGUGUUCUACGGCACAGGCAAUAAGUAUAAAGCAACAACCGGGAAAGAGGUACGCUUUGGAAAAUUCAUCCGAUCAGGAAGCAAGAGGACCGCUCAAGAAGAAAAUUUUUCUUCAGACGGUACAGGAACGCUGUUUAUCAUCACCUCCGGCUCUGUGGUGAACGUGGAGAACUACACAUGUUCUUCUGAGGAGAUGGAACUGCUUAUAUCCCCAACCGAGGUCUUCACAGUGGAGAACAUCCAGACUGUUUCAAGCGACGACGCAGACUAUAAAUUAAUAACUUUAAAUCAUUCACGCUUUCUGAGCAAUCAUGACUGCUACCUGUUUGACGGCAUCAGUGAAGCUACAACACCAAGCAGCCGUGACCGCACUCAGGCUCCUGGUGGAUCCUCCAGUUCUCUGCUGAGCUCUAUGGUUCUGGCCUGGAUGGCGUCCAUUCUGAGCUCAUACUACUGCACAUAAAACAGCCUCACCAGCUUAGUUCUUCACCAGUAUAUAAUAGAUGGGCUAUGCUAAAAAUCCAGUUAAUCCAUCAGAUAAUGUAUAAAAAUAAUGAAGAAACGAGUAGUUGUGUUUAAUUGGUGCAUUGGUGCCCUAUACUGGUAAACAAGCUGGUAAACAAUUUGGCUCAAAUCUUAACCUCUUAAAUAACAUGAAUUUAUUACACAUUUGGCAACUAUCUUUUGUGUGAGCAUGCACCCAGUCAUGCUUGAAGAGGCAUUAUAGUUCUUAAAAUAUUUUAAAUAGCAUUUCAUUAAGUCAAAAGAAGAUGUAGAGAAGAGGUUGUGGUGCUUGUAGCUGUAGUUUACGACGUAGUGUUUUUAUAUGCACUGAUUAACUGUUCAUCAUGGAUUUAAAAGUCUUAGCUGAUAAAAUGAUCAGGAUGAGUGAUCAGAUAUUAAGGAACCAUGCUUAGUUGAUGCACUGUAUGCUAUUUUAUUGAUUUUUUUUUAUGCUAUAGAGUGGAAAACUGUUUGUAUUUUAGCCUCUGAACCUGCUGCCUGCCCAUUCCCCGGUCCUAUUCCACACCCCGGAUUGCCAGGUAUGGAACACAAAAGCAUGCAAACACACAGCCUUAGCAUCCUCCUAAUAGCUCCAUAAGUAGAAGUGGUGUAAAACUUCAGUACAUGUUGGAAUCAGAUUUGAUUAAUAUAUAUAUAUAGAUAUAGAUAAUAGAUCCCAGAAGGACUACAAGACAUACUAACUUUCUCCUGAACAGGUAGGUAAACACUGAGCAACGUUAUUUAAAGUUAAACUGAGCAGUAUGUACUGUGUUCUGUAUUUACUGGGAUCUGUAAACUCCAGAAACCCCAACCUCAGAGUGUAUGUUCAGCUAAUAAUAAUAAAAAACACUGCAAACAUACACCAUUAGUCAUUGCAUGUCAUGACUGUAAAAGUAUUUGAACUCGCUUUGUGUUUGUUUGUGUACAUUGAAUAUCCUCUACCUGGCAACCCAUGUAAGCAGGAGGGGGGAUGGGCAGACAAAUCUCGUUUUAGUGUUUUGCAAUUAGACUUGAAUUUCAUGCUUGAUGUUGUUUAGAACAUGUUUCUCAAACUUUUUAAUUAAAAAUACAUUAGUAUAAAUAAA